UGCUUUUGUAAAUCUCUGUCUUUCUUUACGUUUUGAGUAAAAGUUUCUUUUUGACGAGUUCAAAAUGAAACCGCGCGUUUUUUUCUUACUGGUUUGCGCUGCCGUUGGAGCAGUGGCUAGUAAAUAUUCUAGAGAAGUGAAUGAACAAAAGCCGUCAAGUGAUAGCAAAACAGUGGAAUUUAGGAUUGCCAAACUCAAUCAGGUCUGGGAAAAGGCUUUACGGAUGCAGCUGUCCCCAGGACGACAGGCAGAACUCCACAGCGACCUGAAGCUGCAAGAGAAAGACGAACUCCACUGGAAGAAGUUGAAGGCCGAAGGACUGGACGAAAACGGAGAGAGAGAGGCCAAACUCAGACGGAACUUCAACAUAAUUCUUGCCAAGUAUGGAAUGGAUGGAAAGAAAGACACCAGAACUAUGGAAAGCAACAGCCUGAAAGACCAUGAUGUGAAGGAAGGCGACACAUUUGAUGACCCAAGACUGGACAAACUGUGGAACAAGGCCAAAACUUCCGGAAAGUUCUCCGAGGAGGAGCUGCAGAGCCUGCGUCGAGAAUUCCAGCAUCACAAGGACAAGAUCCACGAGUACAACCUCAUCAUGGACACAGUCAGCAGAACGGAAGAGAUCCAUAAAAACGUGAUCGCCCCUCUGGAGGGGGAGGCGAAGGAGCACGUUCUUCAUCAGAAGCACUCGGACCUGAAGCAGAAGAUGAGGGACCUGAAUCAGGGCUUCGAGCGCCUCCGUAAACUCAGCCACGAGGGUUUCAGCGACGACAGCGAGUUUCGGGAGCCCAGAGUGAUUGAACUGUGGGAGAUGGCUAGAAGAGCUAACCUCAGCGACGAUGAGCUUGACUCUCUGAAAGAGGAGCUGAAACACUUUGAGAACAAGGUGGAGAAACAUCAGCAUUACCUGGAGCAGCUGGAACUCUCCCACCAGAAACUCAAACACGUGGAGGCCCUGGGAGACGAGGAGCAUAUCAUGAGAAAUAAGGAGAAAUACAACAACAUGGCCGAGAAAACCAGAGAAAUGGGAUACAAGAUGAAGAAACACAUGCAGGACUUGACGAACAAGAUCUCAAAAAGCGGGCUGAACCACAAUGAGCUCUAAACCCCGCCCCUUUUGUCGCAUCCGUGGCGACAGAAUUAACUGCUGAGUCGAGCGACCGGCUGCAAUAGAAACACAACCAUCUUUCCCGCAGGGGCUGCGCUCUUCUAGCGGUCCAGAUCUGUGUUACAUACAUUUCCACCUCACGCAAUGAGUGAGGCAGAUCAAAAUGAGUUGCACUGAAAUCGAUUCGUUUAAUCGUCCACACAGGUUCACGUAAAAUACAGUUUACACAGCAAAUUUUUGUUUUUGUUUUUAUUGACGGAGGUGUAUACUAUGAAGCAGGGUAUUUUUAGUUAGACGAGUAAUAUCGAGCCACAAAGUGGAGACGUUUGGUUGGAGAAACGGUAAGGAACACCUCUGUUGGUUGGAGAGUCUAAACUUUGGGUUUAAUGUCACUCAGCUCUAAAAAGUUCCCGCUUCUUAUUAUACUCCUGCGUUGGCCUUUCAUAUUUUUUUUUUCUCCAUCUAAUUAUGUUUUAUAAUUAUGACGUAGAUCCAUUGGUUACGGGGGAAGAAAAAGUGUUGCUAAGAGGAUGUUAUAUAUUUCAUAUGUGUGAUACGAUUCCAUUUUUAAUUUCCAUUUGUAACAUAAGUGUUUGGCUAUGAAUUAAUGAAGGGCAGGCACUCUCUUGGUACGACUGGAUUACGGAUUAUAAAUGUCAGUUUCUUUUAUCAGAAAAUUGCUUUGUGUAUGACUGCAAGUUCCAUUUCAUAUGCAUUAAUGAGAGAAAAGAUGUGUCAUGAAGAACUAUAAUAUAAUAAAGACCAUUUCUUAC